GUACAGCGCCACUGUAACCCGAGGUGUGUGCCAAGCAGGAGUGUAGUGCCGCAGGUGUGGUACAGCAAGGGUAGUAGAGCGAGGGUGGUACAGGAAGGGUGGUACAGCAGUAAGGAACACAGCCAAUCAUGAAGACUGUGGCGGUGGUCUUGGGGCUUCUGUGUUGUGUCUUGGCUCAAGAGUGCAACCCGCGCCAAUUCGGAUACGACAGUGUGGUGUGUGUCUGCAACGCGACCUACUGCGACCAGCCGGGCAUCAUCAACUUCCCUGAAGAAGGCAGCUUCACCGUCGUCACCUCCAGCAGGGAUGGCCUCAGGUUCAACGUGGAGACCUUCCCCGUCUCCAGCGAAGCCGACCCUGGGGCUGAGGUGAUCACACUGAAUCGAGACGACGUGUAUCAGACCAUAAUAGGCUUCGGCGGUGGGUUCUCCGACUCCACCGGCAUCAAUGUGGUCAAUCUUCCCAGCGAACUCCAGGAGCACUUCUUCACAUCCUACUUCGCUCCUGAAGGAAUCGGAUAUAAUUUGUGUCGUAUUCCGAUCGGUGGCAGCGACUUCUCCACCCGACCCUACUCCUACGACGACGUGGAGGACGAUGUGGACCUUCAAUACUGGAGUCUAACUGAUGAUGAUCAUAAUUAUAAGAUUCCGCUUAUCCUGCGGGCCCAAGAGCUGACGUCAUACCCAUUAAAAUUGUUCGGCACACCCUUCGCACCUCCCGCGUGGAUGAAGACUAACGGCAUGUUCAAUGGCUCAGGCGUGCUGAUAAAGGACAUGUAUCAGCCCUACGCUAAUUAUAUCCUCAAGUUUGUGGAGGCUUACGAGGCUGAGGGAGUCGAGCUAUGGGGCCUCACUCCACAAAAUGAACCACUUGGAGGCUUGAUUGAUUGGGGCAUCAAUACCUGUGGCUGGUCUUCAGAGUCAAUGCGAGACUGGCUCAAGGGCAACUUGGGCCCCACGUUAGAGGCUGCCGGCUACCGUCACCUUAAGAUGAUGGUUCACGACUUCAACAGGAACUCUCUGCCCUGGAACGUCGAGCCGUUGCUGGAGGACCCUGACUCUGAUCAAUAUAUCGACGGUAUAGCACUCCACUGGUACGAAGACGCCAGUACGAGCCCCGAUGUCCUCGAGGAGACCCUCGCCCUCUCUCCAGACAAGUUUAUUCUCUACACGGAGGCAUCUCAGGGAGCUACUGUGUAUCUUGGGUCGUGGGAGCGCGCAGAGGAGUACAUCUAUCGCAUGCUGGACGCUAUAAACCAUCAAACAACCGGUUGGGUGGACUGGAACAUGGCUCUCAACCAGGAUGGGGGACCCAACUGGUGGCGCAACAGCUUCGACUCCCCCAUCAUCGUCAACGCUGAAGCCGAGGAGUUUUACAAGCAGCCAAUGUUCUACGCCAUCGGUCAUUUGAGCAAGUUCGUGGUUCCCGGCGCCCAGCGGAUCUCUUGGUCGACCAUGUCCUCCAUGAUGAACAUGGCCGCCUUCAUCGACCCGUCAGGACGCACUGUCUUCGUUGUCCUCAACAUGAAUGAGAUUGAGGAAGCCUUAUCUCUGACGGAUGGAUCCGGAUCUUACCUCAACUUCAAGAUACCUCCCAAAGCCGCCCAGACUAUCCUGUACUAGCAUCCUGCAGGACCUAGCUAGAUCCUGACUAUCCUGUACUAGCAUCCUGCAGGACCUAGCUAAAUCCUGACUAUCCUGUACUAGCAUCCUGCAGGACCUAGCUAGAUCCUGACUAUCCUGUACAGUAUCAUGCAGGACCUAAUCAGGUCCAGUCUUCGAACAAGACCUCCCAAAUGGUUCCCUUCUGAAAAUUUGCAGAACAUUUAAUAAAGAGCAAAGUCCAGAUCAGUGAUCCAUGAAUGACCAGCGAUAAUUUCAGUUUCAACAGUGGAGAGAAUGCCUUGUUACAGUAAAUAAUGAGACUGAA